AGAAUCGGGCAUCGAAAAAUAGAAACAGAAGAAAAAAAUAAUUCGAAAAGAAUAAUAUAACGAUUAAAACUAAAGAAAAAAAUAGCAAACCUUAUGCGGAGAAUCGUGACUUUUCAAACGCGACACUCGUGACAUGCGCACGAGCGUUCCUAGUCGGCGCGAUUGGCUCGCGUGCUAAGUUGAGGGAGAGACCAAACGAGAGCCUCGCAUUAAAAUGGCCGCACCUGGUGAUCGCGUGUUCACCGCGAAGGAACGUCGCGUCGUCACGUAAGAGCUCGCUCACUCGCGCUUUUGCAAACGCCAAGGAUUCUGCGAGAUAGUGACGGCUCUCUCGGGCUCGCAACUCUUUCGGGACUCGUGUUCGUGGAAUAUCCGAAGAGGGAGAAAAAACAUUUUCGUCAUCGAGUCCCUCGGCGUCGGUGACGCUUCGCUAAUAGCGUCUCGAAAUAUCCCUCGUUCUUCCCCCUCGUAUUCUCGAUGUCUCUCCCUCGGGUCGAGUAUUGUGAACGCGCUCUUCUACGAUUGUGAUCCGUCCGAAGGGGAAGCUUCGUCGAUUUUCCGAAUCACGUCCGUGACGACGCUUCAGUGACGUCCCGGUUAACAUCGCCGAGAUACUUCGAUGUACCCUCGUCGGUUCCGUCAGAUUGUGCCUCCUAAAUGGAAAUGUGAAGAGCUCGGGUAACUAAAUAGUCUACCCAAGGAGUUAGUCGCUCAGAAUCAACAUGAGCAGGAGCGGCGAAAGUGGAAUAUCGCUGGCGACGCCACCGGCGAUCCAUGUCGGACCCAUCGUUACGCCCGGAUCCAACGAGACCAUCUCUAUCGUGAUACCAUUAUCGGCACAGCUCACUACAAUGACCAACCAGAAGGUCUAUAAGAACUGCACAGAUUGCAGUAAGGAUGUGAAACAGUCGACCACCUGUUCGACCGCUAAUCCUGUUCGAAGUCCGAGAAACGACAGGACCAAGGGCUGUCCCUUUCCCACGUGCUCACGAUAUGGACGAGCAUUCUCUAGGGCGCACGAUCUAAAGCGACACAUAGCUCGACAUGCGAUGCGAAAGGAGAAGCUGCAGCUAGCCGAUCAACACAAGGUCGUUGUCGAAAACGCUGCGAAUGAUACAACUCUACAGGGCGCCCUUUUACGCGGCGUUGAAGACAAGGACGGGUUUGCCUGUCCGCGUUGCAAGAAAAGAUACAGUGAUGAGGAGAAGCUCAAGGUCCACCUGGCCUCCCAUGGCAAGACAAUCCAAAAGAACCACUCGAAACCAGAGGAACAUACCAAAGGUAUAGAUCAAGCAAGUAUGGACAAAUCUUCGACCCAAAAGGAUCCUACAGAAGAUGAGUUCUUUUUGGAGGAAAUGCUAUUGUUAAAGAAGGAUCCUCGAAAAGCGAACAAAAGCGAUUCGAAGAUCAGGUGCGACUACUGCUCGAAGACUUUCAAGACCAAGUGGACUUUGAGUUCGCACGUGGCCGCUCACGAGGGCCGUUUUCAGUUUGAUUGCAGUCAAUGCGGCAAGAAAUUUGUCAGGAAAAGUCAUUACGAAGGUCAUGUGCGUUCCCACGAGGCCGCCAGACCAUACAGCUGUGAGCAAUGUGGCAAAACAUUCAAGGAACUCAAGCAUCGUCGCGAGCACACUAAGCGAAAACAUCCGAGUAAUCAAAGCGCGAUACAGAGCUUGUUAGACAGCAUCGGACCAUGUGCGACCGAAGAGGCGAACAUCGAUCAAGCUAAAUUCACCUUGCUGAUGCCGGUCAAUUUUAGCACGUAAAACGAUCGAAGAAGUUUUUGCUGUCUUAAAAGCUUACUCUGUGGACCCUUCGACUUCGAAUUAUAAAAAAUUUAAUUCUUUUAUGGAGAAUCUUCGGAUCCACAAGACCUGAGAUUUCUUGGAACAUUGUAUCCAUGGGGCCUUCGGUACUUUAGCUUCUUGGAAGAUUGCUUUUGCUCGGAAGAUUGGAUUUUCAGAUCUUCUAUCUACUUGGAGGAUGGAAAUCUUACAAACUUAUUUAGAAGAUUCUUGGAACAUUGAAAGUUUACAUUUCUUGAAAACUUAAUUGCUCGAUCUUUGACAUCAGUUAUUAUAAAUCUUAUAAUUCGAAUUUCGAACUUUUCGCAAUAUAAAUUUUUAAAGGCUCGAAAUUCUGAAUUCUCAAAUUUUACCGGAUAACCGGAAAUUUUGGAUCAAUCUUGCCAAUUCUAAAAGAGAUUCUCUAUGACCAAAAAAUAAUAUAUUUCUAAAUGAUAAUUUUUUUCAACUUUAUUGACAAGGUAUUUGAUUGACAAAUCAAAAUCGUGUGAACAUUUCACUGAUUAUAUUCGAUCUGUUAUUCCAUAAGAAAUGUCAAAAAAAUAAACCUUAAGUAAGUGAAGCCAUUA